UCAAACAUACAAAAGGAAACCAAACCAGUCCCCACCUCGUAUAUCUCUCAGUCUCAGUCCCUACAACUAUAUAAAGGCUAAUUGCGUCGACCAUGCAAUUCAAAAACACAAAAUACUUCCUUGAAACAUAUUCAGAAAAUCUCGAAUCAAUAUAUAAAUACUUUACACCAUGAAGAAAUCUUUCUUGUUUCUGAUGAUGUUCUUGGUGGUGGCUUUGGCUGGAAAUUUCAACCAAGAUUUUGAUAUUACAUGGGGUGAUGGCCGAGCUAAAAUACUCGAAAACGGACAACUUCUCACCCUUUCCCUCGAUAAAACCUCUGGCUCUGGUUUUCGGUCCAAAAAUCAGUAUUUGUUUGGAAAGAUUGAUUUGAAAAUCAAACUUGUCCCUGGUAAUUCUGCUGGCACCGUUACUACAUAUUAUUUAUCUUCAAUAGGAUCAAGUCAUGACGAGAUUGAUUUUGAGUUUCUUGGGAAUCUAAGUGGAGACCCCUAUAUUCUUCACACAAAUGUAUUCACACAAGGGAAGGGAAAUAGAGAGCAACAGUUUUAUCUUUGGUUCGACCCUACUAAGGACUUUCAUACUUAUUCUAUUCUUUGGAAUCCUCAGAGCAUCAUCUUUUCAGUAGAUGGGACACCAAUUAGGCAAUUCAAGAAUUUAGAAGCAAGUGGGAUACCUUAUCCAAAGAAUCAACCAAUGUGGAUAUACUCAAGCUUAUGGAAUGCAGAUGAUUGGGCAACAAGAGGAGGAUUAGUUAAGACUGAUUGGAGCAAAGCCCCAUUUAUAGCUUCCUACAGAAAUUACAAUGCCCAAGCUUGUGUAUGGUCUUCAACUUCUUCUUCUUCCUGCAGCUCCAACAACUCAACAGAGAAUUCUUGGCUAAGUGAAUCCUUGGAUAGCACAGGCCAAUCUAGGAUUAAAUGGGUGCAAAGUAAUUACAUGAUUUAUAAUUAUUGCACCGAUACUAAACGCUUCCCUCAAGGAUUUCCUCCUGAAUGUUCUCUCAAUUAGUGCUAGUAAAUUUAUAAGUUAUACUAAAAUGUAUUGUAAAUUAUUUGAUUUGAUAUGAGGAAUAAGAAAGAGAAUUUCCAUCUGUA